UCUGUUGUGUUUUUCCUUGCAGUCUCUUUUUAACCUGCUGGAGUUUCAGAGGCUUGUUCUGCAUUACUCUCCUCCUGUCAGUGCCCAGGAUCUCCCUUGCAAUCAGAAGGAACAUAGGAAUCUACCAUUCAUGCAGGAGUUGAGGCAUGUGUUCUCACUCCUGGUAGGAUCCAAAAGGAAAUACGUUGACCCCUCCAGAGCUGUAGAGAUCCUCAAAGAUGCUUUCAAGGCCACCGACUCUCAGCAGCAAGAUGUCAGUGAGUUCACUCACAAGCUGCUGGACUGGUUAGAGGAUGCCUUCCAGAUGAAAGCAGAAGAGGAGAGGGUAAGAGAAGGGGAGAAGCCGAAGAACCCAAUGCUGGAGCUUUUCUACGGGAGGUUCCUGGCCGUGGGUGUUCACGAAGGUAAGAGGUUUGAGAACACAGAGUUGUUUGGCCAGUACCCUUUGCAGGUGAACGGGUUCAAAGAUCUGCACGAGUGCCUUGAGGCUGCCAUGAUAGAAGGGGAGAUUGAGUCUUUGCACUCGGAAAACUCUGCAAAGUCCGGACAGGAGCACUGGUUUACUGAGCUUCCCCCGGUGCUCACAUUUGAACUGUCCCGAUUCGAGUUUAAUCAAGCUCUAGGAAGGCCUGAGAAGAUACACCACAAGCUGGAGUUCCCCUCAGUGUUGUACAUGGACAGGUAUAUGGACAAGAACCGAGAAAUAACACGUCUCAAACGUGAAGAGAUCCGGAGGCUGAAAGAGCACCUGACGAUAUUACAGCAACGCCUGGAGAGGUACCUGAGCUAUGGAUCUGGCCCCAAACGGUUUCCUUUAGCGGAUGUCCUUCAGUAUGCAUUGGAGUUCGCUUCCAGUAAACCAGUGUGUACCUCACCACUGGAAGACAUCGAAGCGCCACCUGGUGGUACAACAGCUUCACAGGCAGCACCAAGCACAGCAGAGCAUGCUCCCUGUUCAUCACCAGAGGCCCCUCCUCCUCCUCCGCCCCCCUCACAGCAGAGGUCCGUCAUUUACAAGCCGUUCACGCAGUCCCGCAUCCCCCUGGACCUGCCGAUGCACCCGGCCCCUCGGCACGUCACAGACGAGGAGCUCGGGGUGCUGGAGGGGUGCCUGCAGCGCUGGAGGAGCGAGGUGGAGCAGGAUACUCGAGACCUGCAGGGAAGCAUUUCAAGAAUACACCGAACGAUUGAACUGAUGUACUCUGACAAGUCUAUGAUGCAAGUUCCUUAUCGGCUGCAUGCUGUUCUGGUGCAUGAAGGCCAGGCCAGCGCAGGGCACUACUGGGCGUACAUCCACAGCCAGCCCCAGGGGAGGUGGAUGAAGUACAAUGACAUCUCUGUUACAAAGUCUUCCUGGGAGGAGCUUGUGCGGGACUCCUUCGGGGGUUACAGGAACGCCAGCGCUUACUGCCUAAUGUACAUCGAUGAGAAGAAGCCGUUUCUGAUCAGAGAGGAAUUUGACAAGGAGACUGGUCAGAUGCUGACGGGGUUUGACAAGUUACCCCCAGAUUUGAAAGAGUAUGUGAAGGAGGACAACCAGAGGUUUGUGAAAGAAAUCGAGGAAUGGGACGCCCUGCAAGUGAAGAAAGCACAACAGGAGAGACUGGCAGCAGAAGCAACAGAGGCCACAGCAUCACAGGCAGCAGCCAAGGAACCUGCUCCCACAGUCACUGCAGCCCCACCUCAGGAUCCAGAGUACAUGGAGCAGCCUUCACCCGCAGAUGAGUCCAAGCAGCUGAAGGAGGACACGGAAAGAGCCAUCGCCAAAGCAGCUGCGGAGCAUGAAGACGGAGGUCCAGAGGCGCUCCUGCAGGCAAGUGAAGCCCCAGCCAAGCCCCCUGCCUCCCAGCGAGUGGUAGAGGUGGCCAUCCCUCACGUAGGCACCUUUGUAAUAGAGUCAGAGGAGGGGGGUUAUGAUGAUGAGGUCAUGCUGACCCCAGCCAUGCAGGGUAUUCUCAUGGCCAUAGACAGAACCAGGAGUGUGUCUGACAGGUGUGGGCCCGAAGCAGCUUUCUUUAAGGCUUUCACAAUGGAAUAUGCCCGUCUGCUCCGAUUCGCUCAGGAGGACACGCCUCCUGAGACUGACCACCGGCUGCAGCAUGUCCUCGUGUAUCUCAUUCAGAAUCACGCCCCCAAGAGCAUCCUGGAGAGAACCUUACUGGAGCAGUUUGCACACCACAGCCUGGGCUUUGACCAACGAUGUAAGAGCAUUAUGGAAGUCGCACGUGCUAAACUGGAACUCAUAAAGCCAGAAGAAGUGAAUAUGGAAGAGUAUGAGAUUUGGCACCAGGAUUACCGCAACUUCCGGGAAACAACCUUUUACCUUCUGACGGGUUUGGAACUGUUCCAGAAGAGGAGUUACGCGGAGACGCUGAUGUACCUGAUCUACGCCCAUCAGUACAAUAAGGAGCUGCUUUUGAAAGGAUCCUACCGGGGACACAGCGAGGAGCUGAUAGCACAUUACAGGAGACAGUGCUUGCUGAAAUUGAACGAACAUGCUGCCAGGCUCUUCGAGUCCGGAGAGGAUCAGGAGGUGGCGAAUGGCUUGAACAUCAUGAACGAGCUGGUGGUUCCUUGCUUGCCGCUGUUACUGGUUGAUGAAAUGGAGGAGAAGGACAUUAUCGCAGUGGAGGACAUGAGGAACCGCUGGUGCUCAUACCUGGGGCAGGAAAUGGAAGCGAGGCUGCAGGAGAAGCUGACGGACUUCCUUCCCAAGCUGCUGGACUGCUCCACCGAGAUCAAAAGCUUCCGGGACCCCCCAAAGCUUCCUUCCUACUGCACCCUGGAACUGUGUGAGCGUUUCAGUCGAGUUGUGUGCUCUCUCAGCCGCAGUCCCGCGGACGGGAAAUGAACAGCACUGUCCUCUCUGCCCCACCCUGUCUCUCAGCCGCAGUCCCGCGGACGGGAGAUGAGCAGCACUGUCCUCUCCGCCCCGCCCCGUCUCUCAGCCGCAGUCCCGCGGACGGGAGAUGAGCAGCACUGUCCUCUCCGCCCCGCCCCGUCUCUCAGCCGCAGUCCCGCGGACGGGAGAUUAGCAGAACUGUCCUCUCCGCCCCGCCCCCAGCACACACACUUCUGUUGUAACACAUACCUUCCUGCCACGCGGUUCGCUUUCUUUUUUGCUGCUAUGGGUUUUAAUGUUAUGAUGAUGAUGAUUGGUUGUUAUUGUUUUUAAGUAACUGCAACAGAGAUAAAGAACUGUACAAUGUAAAGCAAGACUGUAGUGACUGGAGCUCAGUGCAUGGUGUGCAGGCUUUGUUUAAACGAAGGAAGGUUCAGCUUCCAGGGGUUUUUUGGGGGAGGGGGUUUGUGUACAGUUGUAAGGAAAGAGGAUGCUCUUUUGCCAACUCAUCUGUUACAGUAUUAUCAUGCUUUUAUUUAAACACCUGGAUUUCUCAAUAGCUUUCUAUCUCGACUGGGUCUUUUUAAUGACUGCAAGUGAAUGAAAGGUUAGGUGCUGUGAUGAGACGUGGCACCCGGGAGCCUGUGAAUGAAUCGAAAGAAUAAAGUUUUAUUUAUGGC